AUGUCGCUUCGACGCGUAGAUACAGAAGGGCGAAAUUCCCCUGGGGAGAUCGAGGGCACAUUUUAUCGGGUCAUGCCAGACCCUCAGCUACCCUUUUUCGUUGAAGAUGAUCUGAAAUUUGUGAGGGAGAGGGAAGCAAAGAGGGCGUUGAUUGGUAUAUCUCCUCCACAGUUCACGGAUGCUGUCGAGUUCAAGGUUCACAGCACCGCCAACACCAACAUGCUUGAGACUACUGGGCUGGAUGAUUUUAACGGACAAUUGCUCUGCGUGACGAUUACAGCUCACCCGAAACUCGACGAUGAAACUAUGGAGCUUCUCUGCUGUGGCUACGAAGCUAAGGGCGAUGGUACUCCUAAUGUGUGCUACUUCUCUAUUAAUUGCGCUGGAAAGUUCACCGAGACUGUCUGGCUUGUUGCCCCUAUUGUGGCGAUGAUUCACGACUUUGCCAUCACGAAGGACUGGCAAUGGGAUCCCAACGUCCCAUUCUGUCUCGGUGUCCUCCACCGCCGUGGCGCAUCUGGUUCAGACGUCCAAUUGUUCCGCGCCCCGAAUGCUUUCCCAGGCCGUACCGUCAACGCUUAUGAAGACGGCUCGGGUGAUCUAUGGCCAGAUGCGAACGGUAAUGUGUCCAAGCCCGAGGAGGUCUCAGCAAAACUCGUCCGCUUCACAUUCGACCCUCGUUCCGCGAAUCUUGAACUUCCCGAGCCUGAGAUCGUCAGCAAUGAAGACUGCGAAUUCUCCCGGAUUGAUGACAGACUUGCUUGGGAGAAACAUGCGCAUUCUUGCUUCCAUUUGAUGGAUCCGCGUGUGGGAGCUGACUUCCCCACGAUCGUACCCAAAAUGGGCGGUGGGCACCCGCCAUACAAUUCUUCGGGGCAUCUGGAUUACAACGAGCUCCACAUCGUGGAUACUAGGAACUUUAAGAAGCUGCAAGCGGUCAUUGAGCUGCCCAUUCGAUUAAGGGCGUGUUUGCACGGAAAUUGGGUUGAUGCUCAGGAUGUGCAACUUUCGUAG